AUGGCAACAGGAGGCGCAGGUACACCGACCUCACCCGAGCCUGUCAGCCAGCCUCUUCCUCGCAAUACACCGGCCCCCAAUACACCUGCACCCGCACCCACACCCACACCAGUGACUUCGGCAUCCCCUCCGUCGAAAAGAGAGUUGGCCUCAUGGUGGAGAAAGUUUCGGAAAACAACUGAGAAAAACGACGACAAAGCCGAUGUUGUACCUGGGAUAUUUGGCGUACCUCUCGCCGACAGCAUCCGAUAUGCGAACGUUGCCAUUUCAUUGCAAAAUGAGAAUGGCGAAAGCUUCAUCUACGGAUAUGUGCCUAUCGUGGUUGCAAAGUGUGGCGUGUUUCUGAAAGAGAAAGCUACCGAUGUGGAGGGAAUCUUCCGACUGAGCGGCUCUGCGAAAAGAAUCAAGGAUCUACAAACCGUGUUCAACUCGCCGGAUAGAUAUGGAAAAGGCUUGGAUUGGACUGGCUACACAGUACAUGAUGCGGCCAACAUACUGCGCCGGUACCUCAAUCAGCUGCCAGAGCCUAUCAUUCCCCUCGAAUUUUACGAACGAUUCCGCGAGCCUCUUCGCGCAAGUCACGCUGUCUUUGGCCCCGAUGGCGAGACCCAGCCUCGGGAUUUGACUUUGGAUGAGCACACUGCAGCUGUGAGGACUUACCAGAAACUCAUCACUCAGCUGCCGCCUCUAAACCGUCAGUUGCUCCUGUACAUCCUCGACCUAUUAGCAGUCUUCGCGUCUAAAUCAGACCUCAACCGGAUGCCUGCGGCCAACCUGGCCGCCAUCUUCCAGCCUGGCAUCAUUUCCCACCCUUCGCACGACAUGUCCCCAAUGGAAUACAGACUGAGUCAAGACGUGCUGGUCUUCUUAAUCGAAAACCAGGACAAUUUCUUGAUUGGGAUGUCUGGCACGGCCGUAGAUGAAAAGACACAAAAGGAUGUCGAGAGCGGCCCGCCGUCACUGCGCUCCCCCAAGGUCCUUGGACGCUCAGCGUCAAAUGCAAGUGCUGGCGCCGAGAGCCUACGGAAAUAUGGAGUACGCCGCAAUGUUUCUGUGUCUUCUCGAGGUUCCCGGGACAGGGGCAGUCCUGGGAUUUCCAGCCCAGCUACUCCCUCUGUUGGCUCGUUCGUUGGAGCCACAACGGGCGGAAGUGUAGCUCGAAGCAAUACAGUUCCGUCGAAACGAUCUCCGGCCAUCAACUCCGGCCGAUUUCAGAGGAUGAAUGAUACCUCUGGUUCGACCUCGCCGGUUGUCAGCUCUUCGGCGGCAGCCCCAGGGACUCCAACGGCGAAUCGAGAGGGGACAGAGUCGAAGUCGUCGCGAUCUGAGUCUAUCGUUCGGGAUGAAGUCAGCAAUAACAGAGGGUUGGCUCCUGAAGCUGAUGGCAAGAGAGUGAUGACCUCUGCUCAAUAUCUCCCGGCGCCAAAUCAGCGAUCUCAACAACAGACCCAGCCUCUUCCCUUUGAAUCGUCGCCGGGUCCUCCGGCCGGCUCAGGGUCAGCUCAGGCUGCAGGUCCGGCUCCCGGGCCCACUCGUGAGCGAAGGAUAUCGAAUUUGCUUCACAAGUCGCCUAUCUUUGGUCCAUCGGAUUCACAGGGAAGGCAGCCCAGGAAACUCCAGAAGAAGCAGAGAAUUCCUGGAAGCUCCAACGAGAGCGCUCAGAGCUCUCUGAACUCGCUACAUGGUGAAGAGCCGGGCAUUUCUCACCCUCCUUUUGUGUCUCCCGACAUCAACAGUGCAGGCAGAUUGGAUCCGCUAGCUGCGCCUCAAGGCCCUGCCUUGACGAACACUGGGGCCACUCCCGUCGAUGAGGCGCCGGGCUUAUAUCAAUACACGGCGGCGGUCAGCCGAAACGAUGUUCAAAACCACUCGACUGGUUUGAGACCUCCCACAAGUCCUCCUGGAUCCACCCAUUCACGCUCUUCCUUUACCGAUCACUCAGAAGCCGAUCUUGUCGAUGAAACGCUCCCACAACUUGAGCAAGAGAGGCGACGUCGUAGGUGGAGGUUUUCAUCGUCGGCGAAAAAAGCGGAGAAUUCACCGUUGGCCCCGCCUCCUCCAAUUGGGCAGAAUCCGGGUGCCCGAGGGAGCAACAGCUCUCUUGGUAGCUCGAGCCGACCCAGAAAGAGCUUUACUGGCGAGUCUCGGGACCCUUCUGUGACAAGCGGCCAGCACCCACUUGCAGGACAGUCGAGUCAAGAAUCAGGUGAAGUCCUGAGGGACCAAAGCAUGGACACGGAGAAGAAGGGUCUGUUUGGGAAAUGGAAGGCCAAAAUGGCGCAAACCAGAGAGGAAAGGCAGGCCGAGAAAGAACGGGCAAGGAGCCCUCCAGCCCCGGGGAGUGAACAAGGAGCAUCGCGAAGCAGUUUGACCGCCUUUGCGCAGGACAAUCUACCUCAAAGGGGCCGAUCGUUUGAUAAGCCCGUGGAAGAAGCGCUGUCAAGUGUUGCUGAGAGGCCAGCGGACGAGGCGGGCAGGCAAGCAGGACCGGAGUCAGGACCGCCGGAGAGAGCCGGGGCAUAA